ACUUUUAUUUUUUCGGGCGUGGUGGUGCAGGUAGUGGAAGUCACGUGGAAAGAAGGUGGUGGCAGUAGUUGUGCCGGGUCGGGAAUGGACCCGACUGUGUACACGGGUCUGCUGGGGACAGCUUUCACAUGCUUGAGAUCGUAUGAGGUGACGGGCAACCAGCAAGACUUACUCUUGUCCGCUAAGAUCGUUGACACGUGCGCGUCUGUCGCACGUGCCUCCACCAGACACGUGACAUUUUUGUGUGGUAUAGGAGGGGUGUGUUCACUGGGAGCCGUGGUGGCUAAUUACAUGGGGGACCGUCAAAGACUUAACUUCUUUCUAAAUCAAUUCCUUGAGGUAGCACAAGAAAGAGCCCUCCCUGCAGGACCUGAAGAAGGAGGUUUUGGAAUGUCAUAUGAUCUUCUUUAUGGGCGAGCUGGAUUCUUAUGGGCUGCUUUGUUCUUAAACAAGCAUCUUGGGAAAGAGACGGUGCCCAAUGAUGUUCUUAUGCCAAUUAUCGAUGCCAUAUUAGCUGGGGGCAGGACAGGGGCUUCUGAUCACCCAGCCUGCCCGCUUAUGUACAGAUGGCAUGGGACAAGGUACUGGGGUGCAGCCAAUGGUCUUGCGGGAAUCUUGCAUGUGCUACUGCACUUCCCUCUUUCUGAAAACGACGCUGAGGAUGUCAAAGGAACUUUAAGAUACAUGAUGAGUAACAGGUUCCCUCAUAGUGGAAAUUACCCAUCAAGUGAAGGGAACCCAAGGGACAAGCUGGUGCAGUGGUCUCAUGGUGCAACUAGCAUGGCAAUCACUCUAGCCGAGGCAUCACAGGUGUAUCCAAGUGAGAGAGAAUUCCGUGAUGCUGCUAUAGAAGCAGGGGAGGUUGUAUGGAAGAAUGGGUUGGUGAAGAAGGUGGGACUAGCUGAUGGUAUUGCUGGAAAUGCCUAUGCUUUCCUUUCCCUUUAUCGCCUUACAGGAGAGACCAUAUAUGAAGAAAGGGCAAAGGCGUUUGCAAGCUUCUUGUAUCAUAAUGCACGGAAGCUUGUAAAUGUGGGGCAUGCCCGUGGAGCUGAUCAUGCCUACUCCCUUUUCCAAGGACUUGCUGGGACAGCUUGCCUCUGGUUUGAUCUGCUUGAACCCCAGAACUCUAAGUUCCCAGGAUUUGAGCUCUAAGUGAAGAUGAAGGGAGUUCUAUCGUUUAUGACUAGGAAGGGUAACUCGUAACUUGUAUAUAAGUGUAGAACUUAUUGAGCUACUGUAAUGUCAACAUACCUUAAAUUUAUCAAUCGAGGGUUUAAUGACCGGGGCUGAUGCAAUUAUCAGUUGAGUGAAUUGGCGGGAACCUGAUGUAAUUGAAGUAAAAUUUGCCGUCUUAGCAUCUAUAGUAACAUUCCCUGGUAAAGUCAAUUAUUGUUGGCGAGAGGAAGGUGAACAAUGGAAUGUUAUCCAAAAGCUGCUUGUACUAAACACUUUCCUGUAGUAGCCGAGCUCCCUCGGACUCACGAAAAGCCAUGCUUAUCUCAUUUUAUUCUCUGCAAAAUUGAUUUAGUUGUGAAAAUCAUAUUUGAGAA